CCUCCGCGUCGUCGCGACGCUCCUCUCUCUCUCUCGUUUCUCUCGGCUCUCUCGGUGGCGUCCGCAGCAUCGCGACGCUACGACGCGCUCCGUCGACUAUCCUAUCCUGGGAGAGACGCCGCCGUUAAUUUUCCUACGACAUGUACCGGCGACGCCAUCGACUUGGCCAUCGAUAACGAUCGAAAUAAGCGAUAGAAAAAAAAAAACAAGCAUCUUUUUUUCACGCGUCACCACGUCGAAAGUGUUUCGUUCGAUUUGCACAAAAAAAGAAAAGGAAAAAGAAGAGAAAAAGAACGAAAUUGAGUCACGAUAGUACAUGCAUUUCCUACAGAAGAAUUAUUAAAGGAGCGGCAAAGGCACCUUCUUGUGUUAACGGGUAAAAAGAGGAGUCAAAUCGUGAAGUUUUUUUGCCAGAUGUGAUCCAUUUUGGUGUCUCGAUCAAGUGAUCUAUCGGAUCUCACCGCAGAACAUACCCCUUCCUCGCCUUCGAAAGUCACGCACGAGCGCUUUUCUUUUGCCUUCUGAAGCGUGUCGUGUACUCACUCAGGCCUUAUCGACACUCGUGGAUUUACUACUGCCGAAGCUUGUCUUCUCACUCGCGUACUCAUACAUUGAGGAUGCAAACUGAGAUGCAUCGAGUAUCAAGAACGCAUCACCAGAAGUCGAAGUCACACAUCGUUUUACAGAUGCGUAUGGACGACUCGUGAAUCGUGAACAAACUUUCGAGUGCGUCAUUAGGCGCGCUCAAACGUUUGCAACGUUGUGCAGAUUUUUAACAACAUUGAUAAUGAAGAAGCAGUGCUUAAAAAAGCUGGUCGGCUAUCAUCAAGGCGGACCCUCGAAUAUUCGCGACCGACAGGGAUGAAAAAAACGUACGAAAUACGUAUGCCUGGAGUGAGACACGGGUGUCUCGUCUGGGGAUUCGGCACCAUAAUCGCAAGGGGAAGUGAUCGACCAACUGAUGAUGAUGGAACACAAACAGACGAUACUGCUGGCACCCUCACUGAGCAACAGCAGCUGUUGGCGAAGCGGCACGUCCGAAGCUUGGACAGGUCCAGGCCCAGGAGAGUUAGUACGAGCUACUCUGAUUCUGCUUCUCAGUCUUGGUAUCCUGUGCGCCAAUCUGCUAGUGAUAUGUGUCAUCAAUAGCAGGCAGUACAGCAAAUACAUACAUGCUCAGCCCAGAUAUUUGCUGACGAGCUUAGCGAGUAACGAUCUAGCGAUUGGUCUUUUAGUGACGCCUUUCGGUUUCUUACCAGCUGUUUACGGAUGCUGGCCGUAUGGCGAAGUUGUCUGUCAAAUUCAGGCGCUUCUUAGGGGUGCUUUGACUCAACAGAGUGCCGUUAUCCUCGUCUGCAUGGCAAUCGACCGUUAUGUUUGUAUGCUACAUCCUCAUCGUUAUCACAAGCAUUCUUCUAAAAGGUAUUACAUGCGGCAAGGCUGCGUGGCAGUGAUGUCAACCACUUGGAUAGCGAGCGUGGCAAUUUUCGGGGUUCUGGUACUCCCAAGGGGCGGUUACUACUUCAACGGGUCUGGCCUCCUAGCCUGCGACCCUUUCUUCGCGAGGGCGUCCCUUAGGAUCCUGGCAUGUUGCUGUUUUUACUUCCCGACGACGAUGGUGUUGAUGUAUUGUUACGGCUCGGCCUUUCACGUUAACAAACUACGCUUGAAAAGAGUAGUCUGUGUUAACACGCCGGAGGUCGUUAGUGGCGGCCAUAUAGAAAGGCUUGUCGCCCACGAGAGACGACUGUCGACCUCAGCUUCGCGAACAAUGGCUGCAAUGAGUCUAGGUUUCAUCGUCAUGGUCACACCAUGGACAAUUCAGGAAGUCGUUGCAGCCUGCACCGGAAGCAAGCCGCCGCCGUUUCUCGACUUCCUGGCCACGUGGCUGGCUCUCUCCAAUAGCUUCUGGAAUCCUUUUCUCUAUUGGCUGCUCAACAAUCAUUUCCGCCGAAUUUCGAGAGAACUUCUUUAUACUAAGAUUCUGUGCAGGUCUAAACCGUUAGGAACGAAACAACACUGUUGCGCGACUAGCACCGGUGGCUUAGAUGCAGUUUGCAGCAUCGCGGGUGUCGAUUUAUCAGGUUUGGAGCGUUGCUCAAUGGAACGAUGCUCAAUGGCGCGUUGUUCCUCAUUAUCAUUAGCAAAUACGCCACCGCCACUCCCUUGGGAAACUGGACAUAUAGCACAUGGUGACGUAGCAUCCACGUGAGCCAAAGAUGCCGCCACGCAGACGGAAGAUUUCGGAUCUCCGGACGACGCCAGUUAGUACAGCGUGGCGGCAAGCCGGCAUCCGAUGCUCCGCAACUAUCGAGCACAAUAUCCGUCGUCUAUGCACCGACAUCUGCGAGACUACGUCGUACCCUCGCUGGCACGAGGGAGAGUUUCGCGCGUCGUGGAGGAGAACAACCGCGGCGACGUCGUGAUGGACGGAACAAAUCGUCAUCGUCGACACGAUCGACGGAACUGCUUCGAAUACAUGCGCGUCAAGAGCCUGCCAGAUCUCGUACGAGAUAUGGAAUCAUGACGAAACAUUUAUUACGAGCACGUCAUUGAGCGGAGUGUCAUCGGUUAUUAUCCCGAUUCGUGUAAGAAAAAUCUGAUCUUAUUAGGGUGCAAUGGCGUAGGGGAAAUCCGAAUUCCAUGCCUCGAGGCGAACAUACACGAAAGCGUGUGUCGACACACCGCGAUUAGCUCUCGUUGCGACGAGAUCGAUUACGGAAAUUAAUUACAGCACCAACCGGGGUACUAAUCGCGCCUCUCUCGACGAUAUACAUGGAGAUGUUUAAUCACGGCGAAGCACUCUGCGAGUGUUAACGUCAUUCGCGCCUGCAUCCAUCCCGUUUUCCACAAUUAAUUAUUCACGCGUGAGUGUUCGCGCUACAAGCUGUGCACUCAGACACAAAAUUGCUUCUUUCUUAGGCACACAACUUUGUGUACUUUCCUCUAUAAUUUCUCAAAAUACCUGUAUGCACCUAAAAGCAUAGAUUCCAAAUUCAAAGUUUCCUCCUAAUCGCAAAUUUAAAAUCAAAUCUUUCCCAAACACAAGAGUAUUGUAUUUUAAACAUUGUACAAAGUAAUUUGACGAGGCUUCUUUUAGAUUUGCUAUACACUCACGGGUGAUGAUACAAAAUUGCGUCGAAUAAAAAUAUGUACUCAUAAAUAUGUACUCAUAAAGAAGUAGAAUACAUUUAAAUUGCAAUUGUUUGCUCAAGUUCAAGAGCUCAUUGGUAAUAAAAACCAAUGCAUCUUAUAUCUAUAUCAUAAACAUUGUUGUUAUAUAUAAUUUAUAAAAGAGUCCAAUAAAAAUGCACGCAGUGCAAAUAAAAUUACACUCUUUUAAUAUUGCAGAGUUUUAUACUAUAACAAACUACCUAGAUUAAAUUUACAAUAGUGACAUUGUUCCUGCAUUUUCAAAAAUAGACUUUAUUCGAUAAUCUUUUAGUUUUUAUCGAUAACUUUUUUCUGCAAUAUUUUCUAAGAUGUUCAUUCAAACGAAAUUUAUCGUUAAUAAGGCGAAUUAAUAACAUUAUUUCUAUUUAUUAAUACAAGUAGAAUAAUGCCUUCUAAAUUUCGUAUAACUAAUUUGAAUCAAUUAUAGUGUAUUAAUUUUCCAUUCUCCAUUUUCCAACACUAAUAUGUGAAUUUUUAUUUGGAAAGAAUUAUUGUAAAAAU